AUAAUGUUUGUGAAAUGGCGCUGUUGUUGCAUGAGGUGGCGCUGCACGAGGAAUCUUUCUUUACAUUUUCGACGUUCGUACUCGCGUCGUGCUCUGUAGUACAAACUUUUAUAUCCAUUGUGAUAUAAAAGAUCCGUUAAAUUUCCACUUUAAAAAAUGGUCCAGAAGAAGCCUAAGAAGAAGGUAGGAAAGAAAGUAGCUGCUCCUCCAUUAGCAGUGAAGAAAGUUGAACCGAAGAAACAGACCAAUCCUCUGUUUGAGAAACGUACCCGCAAUUUUGGAAUUGGACAGGAUAUUCAACCUGCUCGUGACCUUAGCCGCUUUGUAAAAUGGCCCAAAUACAUCCGAAUCCAACGUCAAAGAGCAGUGCUGCAAAAAAGGUUGAAAGUUCCACCACCAAUCAAUCAGUUCACACAGACAUUGGACAAACAAACAGCAACACAAUUAUUUAAAAUGAUGGAAAAAUACAGGCCUGAGUCAGCAGCAAUGAAAAAAAUGAGAUUGAAGGCUAGAGCUGAACAAAAAGUUGCAAAGAAGGAAGAUACACCAACCAAAAGACCUAAUGUGGUGUACAGUGGAAUAAACACAGUCACAACACUUGUUGAACAAAAGAAAGCUCAACUUGUUGUCGUUGCACAUGAUGUGGAUCCAAUUGAGAUUGUUCUUUUCCUACCGGCCCUCUGUCGUAAAAUGGGUGUGCCUUACUGCAUUAUAAAGGGCAAAGCACGUUUGGGACGUCUGGUGAGGCGUAAAACUUGUUCUACAGUAGCUAUAAAAAUGGUGGAUUCUGGUGACAGAGCUAACUUUGCCAAAUUGGUUGAAGCUGUAAAGGUGAACUUCAAUGAUAGAUACGAUGAAAUCAGACGUCACUGGGGUGGUGGUCUGUUGGGCAGCAAAUCUGCUGCUAGGAUAGCUAAGUUAGAGAAAGCUAAGGCGAAAGAACUUGCGCAGAAACAGGGUUAACAUCAUCCUGUUAAUCGGGUAUUGUUUACACUGUAAAACAAUAA